UAACGGCACCGGGCUCUGCCCCGCCGGCCCGCGCGGGGGCGCUGCGCGCGCUCCUGCCGGGAUAAGCCGGAAUCGGCCGGUGCCUCAGGGCUGCGCUUCCGGAGCGUCCCGGAAGCGGGAGUCACAUAGCUUCCGGGUUGUGGCCGCUGGCAGGGAUGGCCGCACUGUCCCGCACGCUCGGGAUCUUCAGCGGUUUCGUGGCCGUGGUGGCAGCGGCGUUUUACCCCAUCUACUUCCGGCCGCUGCUGCUGCCCGAGGAGUACAAAAUGACCUUUCUGUUCUGCUUUCCAGAGAAAGAACAGUCAAUAAACCGAGCUGGUAUUGUUCAAGAGGAUAUUCAGCCUGCAGGGUUAAAAGUGUGGUCUGAUCCAUUUGGAAGAAAGUAAUGUUGGCGGCUGAGUGUGUUGCAAGGCAGAACUGAAGAUGGACUUCUUCAGCUGUUUCUUCUUUCAUUGAAGUGUCUUUGGGGGUCGCUGGAGAAGAAUUCUGAAUAUGCUGUGUGGGCACGUGAGGAGCAACAAACACUACUGGUUGGAAUCCCAAGAGAUAAAAACAUGCUAGUUUUGACAGAGGAUGCUGGGGCAUAGUGCACAAACUUAGAGAGAUCAACGAUUCUUGAGUUGUGAAAUAAAAUAUUUAUUUCCGUGAGAAAAGGGAAGAGGAAUUAUUUUUGUGGUCAAUCUGUAAACAGUUAUAGAAUAAAUUAUGAACAGAAUAAGUCAUGCAGACCGCUGCAGUUUCCUCCGUAGUCUGAGAAUUACUUUUUGUGAUUUUAUUAUGAAAACAUGAUAGAAGUAUAUACUGAGCAAAAUCAGUGCAGAGUGUAAAUAUGUACAUUAAAAUGGCUUCCUUUUAAA